AUGUCCCUGUCGACACUUCCAACGGAGUUGCUCCUUCACAUCGCCACCUACGCCGACAACGAGAAAGACCUGAACAAUCUCGUCCGAUCCUGCCGCCGGCUCUACACCACCCUGAACGACACCCUCUACAAACGGCAUGCCGAAGAAUCUGCCACAUCGGCGCUGAUAUGGGCCGCCGAGCGUGGCAUGCACAAAACGGCGAAGCGCUUCCUGGCUCUCGGUGCUGACGUAAACGCAACGAAUGAAGACCGUUUGACCGUACUCAUGCUAGCUGCGGCUAAGGGUCACGAAGAGGUCGUUCGGACGAUCCUUGGGGUUGAGGGAAUUGACGUCAACGCUCAGCACUGGCUGCAUAAGCGGACGGCUCUGCACUAUGCCGCAAUGGAAGGCCAUUACGAAGUUGUGAGGGUGCUUAUUGGCGCGAAAGGGAUUGGUUUCAAUAUUCCCGAAGGGAAUUAUGGCGGCACGCCGUUAAUCGCGCUGAUUUCCGCUACGGCACCGGGGAAGGAGGAGGUUAUGCGAUUGAUUGUUGAGCAGGAGGAUAUCGAUUUGAAUCAGGCAGAUACGAAGUGGGAGUUGUCGCCCUUGCUCUGGGCAAUUCAGGAUGAACAGACCGAAAUUGCAUGUAUACUGCUCGAGAAGAAGACUGUUGAUGUCAACUUCGCCGACCCUCGCGGCCGAACACCCCUGUGGUGGGCGGCGAAGCUAGGAGACGAGACAUGUCUUCGUCUGCUGCUUGCUAGAGAUCAUAUUAAUAUCAAUACUCCGAACCACAAGGGACAGACGCCGUUAUGGGUCGCUGCGAAGCAUGGCCACGAAGGGGUAGUGCAGAUGCUGCUGCGCGAAGGAGCGGAUCCUACCACAAGGGACAAUAAACACUAUCGCGAUGCCCUCAUGGUGGCUGCGGUCAAGGAGAGGACGGAUGUUGUUUGUCUACUCCUCCGUGAAAAGAACAUCAACUUUACGGGGCAAGAUAGCGAAGUUGUUCGGGCUUUCGUCCUGCAGGCUCGGGAGAGGGGUCAUUGGGAGACCGUGAAGGUGAUUUCGGAGACGUUGGGUAUGGAUGGAAUGGAGAAUCAAUGUAAGGAGAAGCCACGGACGGUAGAAGAGCGCCUGCACGUCUGA